GCUGUGAUUGGUUGCUGUGGGAACAUCACUCCACUUUUUCAAGUCUUAGCUGAGGUCCAGUGCAGACAAGUCCUAGGUGUGUGUCUGGAGUCCAGAGGAGGCCUAAAGUCAGUCAAGCAGCCACAAGUCCACAACCCCAGGUCCUAGUCAGAGCUGGAAGUCGAAAUAAACUGGGCAGGGCCAUCAUCCAAGUGACCACAGACAGCACAGCUUGGGAUGCCACGUGGUGUUCGGUAAGAGAAGUGGCUCGGCUCCUCCUCUACCUCUUUUCGGUGGCCAGACCUCUGUAUAAAUACAAUAGUUCAGAUCUCCGGCAGUAUUGCAGGACCAGGACGGAGGGACAGCACCUGCAGAGAUGGCGUCCUCCUCUAUAACACCCCUGCUGCUUUCCCUGGCGGUCUGUCUGUCUGCAGCGGGUGCUGGGAACCCCGGCUUUGUGGUGAGGCUCACCCAGAAAGGCCUGGACUACGCUCGGCAGGAGGGAAUGGGUGUUCUGCAACAGGAACUGGCUAAAAUUCAUCUUCCAGAUUUCACAGGCUAUGCACAUACCCCUGUGGGUAAAGUCAAAUACAGUUUUUAUAGCAUGACUAUCCGGAAAUUCCAGUUACCCAGCUCCCAGAUCAGCCCCAUCCCCAAUGUUGGAUUGAAGCUGUCAAUCUCUGGAGCCUAUAUCGAGAUUACUGGAAGAUGGCGAGUCAAGAAGACAUGGAUCUUUUCCACAUCAGGCGGCUUCGAUCUGAAGGUGCAAGGAAUCAGCAUAUCUGUGGGGCUGAGAGUAGGAAGUGACGAAGCAGGAAGACCCACCAUUGGCCUCUCUGACUGCAGCAGCCACAUCUCAGAUGUCAGUAUCCAUGUGUCAGGGGCAUUAAGUUGGAUGGUUGAUCUCUUCCGCCACAAUGUUGAAAAUUCAUUAAGAAAAGCUAUAGAGAAUCAGAUCUGCCCUCUGGUUAGUAAUGCUAUAACCAGCAAACUGCAACCGGUACUGCAAACUUUACCAGUGACGGCAAAGAUAGACAAUGUUGCUGCUAUCGACUACUCUCUGACCGGUCCCCCGCCAGUGAUAGCAGAUUAUGUGGAUGUUCAGCUGAAGGGGGAAUUUUUCGCACUGUCCCAUCAUACUCCUCCUCCUUUCUCACCACCAACCCUGGCCUUGCCCGAUGACCACAACCUCAUGGUUUACUUCGGAGUCUCUGACUAUUUGUUUAACACUGCCGGUUUUGUCUAUUUCUCGGCUGGAAAGCUUGUCUUUGAUGUCACUGACAGCAUGAUUCCUAAGGAUUUCAACGUUCGCCUAAACACUACUUCAUUUGGGACACUGAUCCCUCAGUUGUCAAAGAUGUACCCCGAUAUGCUAAUGAAACUGCAGAUUUCGUCCACUUCCGCUCCAAUGUUGGACAUCAAGCCGGGGAAUCUGACCCUUUCUCCGAAACUAGAUAUUCAGGCCUAUGUCAUCCUGCCCAACUCCUCUCUGGCACCGGCCUUCCUUCUAAACCUGACGACCACAGCUCUGGCCAAAGUGGCUGUUAACGCGGGGAGAAUUGUUGGUAACCUAGAGCUUAGCAGGGUGCAUAUGGAUCUCAAACACUCUGAUGUUGGACCUUUCUCUGUGACAUUACUGAAUGUAGCUGUGAACUAUUACUUAUCAAGUGUAUUAUUGCCUCAGGUUAACGAGAGACUGAACAAGGGGUUUCCUCUCCCGCUUCUGGAUAAAGUACAGCUGUCAGACGUGGUCCUAAGGCCGCAGCAGGAUUUCCUUCUCUUUGGGGCCAAUAUUCACUAUGGAAAAACUGUAAACGGCACCUGGCUAUAGAUGUAAUAGCAGACUGUAGAUGGGUAAAUAGGUUGAUCCUGGACAGUAAGCCCUUACCCUGGAACCUCUUGUCUUCUCCACUGUCUCCAAACAAGUCUUCAGUCUGUCAGUCAAGUCAAGUAUGUCCAAGUCAGGUUCACACCAUUCCAAGUCACAAGUUAGUCAGAAAGGACUAGCAGUCCCAAAGUGCCAAGAAACUGUGAUUCCCAAAAGCAUUGUUCAGCGAAUAUUGCACUAAAGUGAAUUGUUCCUUUUUGUACAAUGUUGCAGAUUCCUGAAGUAAAGUUAAAGUGGUUUCCCUAAUCUGGCAUCUGAGGUAUUUCUUUACCCUGCAC